AUGGCAUCAGCCACGCCUUCUGUGCUGUUUCGACAAUAUCAACUGGACUGUCUGUCAGCUUUGAUUAACGAGACGCCAGAAAUUUGUCCGCCCAAUGUAAUAAUUCAAGGGCAUCAAAGCUCAGGAAAAACGUUCACAGUACGAAAAUUCUUCGAGGCGAAUCCACAUAUCUGUAAUUGCUGGCUCAAUACGGUGGAAUUGGUUACAUGGAAACCUCUUUUACAGCACGUAGCACGGAGUGUGUCGAGCACAUUGAGGUCGUUAUUCCCCCAAAUCAAUUACGACUAUCAAGAUGCUCUAGAAGCAGAGGACUUUUAUUUCUUGCUCAGGGUUCUAGAGACAGAACUUAGUCAUUUCAAAGAACUGAAGCAGCCUAUGAGCUUAUAUGUGGUCCUGGACGGAUUCGAUCAACUCAAAGAACUCGAUCUAGAACUGCUUCCCAAAUUUUUAAAACUGCAUGAACAGCUGCCGCGAAAUCUCAAAAUUCAGCUUAAAUUCAUUUACAUUGUCAGAGAUGUUGCCUUUCUCAACAAGUACAGCACUUAUCACAUUCCCACAAUCGUUUUCCCCCGAUAUAAGCAUGAGGAAGUCGCGGAGAUACUGCUCUGCAAUAAGACAAAAGAAUAUAUGGAAAGUAAAAAUUUGCUUCUACAGGUUGUGAAAUGUGGUCUUGACCCCGAGGACUCUAUCUUUGAGCGAAUUGCUGAUAACUACAUCAAGAUGAUAAUUCAAGCAUUUCAUUCCUAUACUGGUAACGACAUUGUGGCAUUGAACGACAUCAUGGAUUCUAAAUGGGAUAGCUACGUGCAAUCCAUUACGAAGGACAACAUUUACGAGCCAUUGUCCCUAUAUCGAUCGAACAUUGAAAUUUACACAUCUACAGGAGACACAUUCACCGAGUCAGAGGCGACGGGCUCUUUCGAUGAGACAAAAAAAGAAGCAACUGCAUAUGAGCUUUCCGCGAUCUCGAAAUAUUUACUUCUGGCUGCCUACCUGUGUUCUUAUCUGGAGCCACGCUACGACAGCAAAAUAUUUUCUAAGAAAUCUCACCUUAGGGCAGGUCGUUCGUCAUACGGUCGCCGUAAUAAGAUGGAAACGAAUCCUCGGUACCUUCAGCCGUCGCUCUUCCCGCUGGAGCGACUUUUUUCGAUUUUCCAGGCCAUUUUUCCCGUAAAGGAUGGAGCACAUGCUAAAUCAGGCAUUUUCUACCAAACUGAGUUGAUGAGAGCUAAUGUUGAAGUUUACGAGAACUUGGCAGAGCUCAAUAGCUUGAAACUAAUCACAACUGCUUCAUCCAAAGGUGUUGAUUAUUUGAGUUAUAAAAUAAAAUGGAAAAUCAAUGUACCCUGGGAGAUCAUUACUGAAAUCAGCUCUUCAGUAAGUUUCGAUAUCGCAGAGUACUUCACAGGACUACAUAAUUAG